CGUUUUAUAAACCUUCUUAUAUACUAAAUGCGUUAUUGAUACUUGAACUUUAAGACCAGCCAGUUGUUUUGCUCCUAAUUAUCACGUGACAUACGAAAGACACUUUAGAUACAUUCAAAUUAAUACUUCGAUACUGCGAUAUAAUAUUUCAAUCAAUAUUUGUUUUAUUAUCUGAGGAAAACUUAGUUUUGUUCAUUGUUUUCAUAUCUGAAGAUUGCUUGAAAUGCAGACGAGGCUACGGGAUCAAAAGAAGGAAUUUUAUUGAAUUCAGAAUGGAUUCGUACGGAAGUCUUGAAUUCAAUGUUUCUACAUGGGCCACAACGAGUGAGACUUCAAGAAAGAAGUAUGAGCAAAUGGAGAAGAUGGACAUUGCUAACAAUAGCUGCAGAAACAUGAUAAAAAGCUACAAUAUUUCAUCUAACGGUUUAUAUUGUGAACCUAUCUGGGAUCAAAUUAUGUGCUGGGAAGCAACUCUAGCAGGGACAGUAGCGAGGAAACAUUGCCCGUCCUAUAUAGAAGGCCUUAAUACAGACGGUUUCGCCAAAAGACAAUGUUUAGAGAAUGGUACGUGGUACAUCCCUCCUAGACGUAAUGUCAGCUGGACAGACUUCAGCGACUGCGUAAAGAACAAGAAAGAUAUUUAUUCUAAUGAUCUACUUGACCAUCUGUCACGGAUCAGACUUAUGUAUAACAUCGGAUACGGAGUCUCCUUAUGUUCUCUGGUUAUUGCCGUGUUUAUUAUGUUAUGCUGCAGAAAACUUUCAUCCAAGAGCAACACACUACACAUCAACUUGUUCAUUGCUUUUAUUUUGAGGGCAUUCAUGUCCUUUUUAAAAGAAACUCUGUUUUUGGACGGUCUGGGUCUAAAAAAAGAUUUAGAAGAGGUCAGUGGGGUCCUACGCUUCCGCGAUGGCGAUACACAUUGGGAAUGUAAGCUCCUUUUCACUCUGUUUGUUUACACCAUAUCAGCCUGUGCCAUGUGGAUAUUUAUGGAGGCUCUAUAUUUGUACAUGAUGGUUUAUAAAACCAUGUUUACAGAAAAGCAUGGAGUUCAGCUGUAUGUCGUAUUUGGAUGGUUGGGACCCCUUUCAUUUGUUGUACCUUGGGUCAUCAUCAGAGCUAAACUCGAGGACUUUUUCUGUUGGAACACGAAUCCAUCACCGGAAUACCUUUGGAUUUUACGUGGACCCCUCUUUGCAAUCUACAUAAUCAACUUCAUAUUUUUUCUUGACAUUGUGAAAGUCCUAUUCAUAAGAGUUCAGAAAAAUCAGCGUGUGUCUGGGGCGAGGAAGGUGAGGAAGAUGGCUAAGUUUAUUGUUGUGCUGAUCCCGUUGUUUGGGGUCUGUUACAUAGUCUUUUCCUUCCUUUCUGGGAAUGAUAUCGAUGUUGACAGAGACAUCCCAUACCUUUAUGUAGAAAUGUUCUAUAACUCCUUCCAGGGCUUUAUACUAGCUGUUUUGUUCUGUUUUCUUAACGAAGAGGUGUUGCAUGAAAUCCGCAAGGCGUGGUACAAAUACGCUCUCCGUCAUAGAGAGAGCUAUGUAUAUUCUAGGUCGGCCAUUAUGAAGUGGAGGAAGGGAUCCCGCCACUCUUACACUGUGUCCUCUUUCAUUGAAAAAGACAAAUCUUCUGAUUUUUUAAACACCAGUCGACUUCUCCCAAAAGGGAAAAAUAACAAUGACUGUGUAUCACGAUCGUUCCCAGACUUUAGACCAAGUGACUCUAAUGGUGGUAGAUGGUCUUUAACGAACGCCGAGGGUCUCCGAAGAGAAACAUGUGAGGAAGCUAACUGCCUAUUUUUAUCUGUCCCAAUCGACAAACACAGACAAGACAGAAGGCCAAGAUGUGAAAACCCUGUGGAAUUUGAUCUCAACUGAGAAUUGCUCAUUAUAGUUACUUUGCGCUGAGUCCCAUCUCUAGACUUUUACAGAUAACCAACGUGAUUUAAACUUUGUUAUUUUUGUUCUGAAGUUAAAGAAGAAUAAUGCUUUAACAUGUAUUAUUAAAUAUGUUAUGAUAUUGGAUCAAAUGUUAUAAAUUUGAAAUACUGUAUGUAUACUUAAAAAAGCGGGCUUCAUAUUUUAGCGGCUUUGUCGCAGACAACGAUGCGCUAAUUCAUGAAUAUCGCAAGGAAAUCAUUUAUAAACACAAUAUAAGACACGGACAUGUGUAGCGCUAAUUCAUGAUUUCGCCAACAACUCCAUACCCUAAAUUUACGCUAAAUUUUGAAUACGCCAAUUUAUGUACACGUACAGUACUCGAAUCUCA